AUGGGGAGCAUUUGCAGCCUUGGCUGCAAACCGCGCUUUCGUUCGAAGUGCAGGGCGGUGCCUGCUCGUUCUGGCUGUGGCUUGCGUGGAGCAGCUAUAUCGUUGUCCGCCUUCGACAACGUUGUUGCAGCCAGCGCCAUGGGCAGCGCAUUUACGCUGCACAGAGCGGAAGCACUGAUGUCAGUGAGGGAACUGGCGACUUGGAUAGCGGCCUUCCCACUUGCCGCAUUUGUUUUGGUGGAACCGAGAAUGGAAGACUCAUCUCGCCAUGUCUGUGCUCUUUGGACGAAGUGGUGUGCUGUGCUUCACAGAGCGUCAUGGCAGUGCUUACCGCAGCUCUGCGAAAUAUUGCCAGGCUCAGGCACAAUGAGAUAUGUGCACCUCGAGUGCUUGAACAUGUGGAGAGCAUCAAGUGCAAAUCCUCAGUCGGCGUACAAGUGCGACCAGUGCAAUUUUCAAUACUCUUUUCAGCGUGCAUUGUAUGCAAGUAUCCUUAGAUCGGCGCUCGUCCUGCACAGCAUAACACUGUUGCUAUUCGCUGGCACUGUUUUGCUCUGUGGCUAUGUGUGUUAUUAUGUAGACUGGUUGCAGAAUGGUGACGGCACCACCGAGGUUCUUUCUCAAGAUCUGGUCGACCACUUUGUUAAUGUCAGCGGUCUGGAUGACAUUGACAAGGAGGAGUUCCGAAGAUUGGCAGACGGACUGAAUUCCUUCACCUUCGGUGGCAUCAGCCUAGCGCACAUACUGAACGGCAUCAUGAUGGUGGGUCUCAGUGGAUGUGUCUCCAGUAGCAUCUUUUUCUUUGGGAGCCUCGGCCUGCAAUUUGACAAACAUGAGCGCAUGUGA